UCAAAAUGCUUCAAUGCAAAAUUCUUUUCAACAUCUCAACUGUUCGUUGGCGUUGUUGUGAUAUUUGAUGUUGGUUUUGUAAAUUAAACCAAAUAAAACGUUCGUAUCUUUGUUCAAACAGCGCAUUAUGUUUAGAUAUAGCGAUGAAACAUGUAACUUAAAUGGCCUAUAGCAUUAUUUAUUCGAAAAACCAACCUCCACUAGUCAAAAUAUCGUCCAAAUUAGAACAAAAUGGCAGAGAAGCGUUUGUCAGCUGAAAGAGUCGGCUCUUUUUGGUGAAGUGAGUCAAAUGAUUUGACUCACUGAAAAGAUCUGGAAUUCCCACCACUACCUGAGAUACAAGCUACGAAGUUGCGUCUUGUCGUAACGUGUCGUAAAGGGAGGUUCUUUCAGCAAUUUCAUUUACAGGAAACAGAAGAGAAGAGCGCGGAAAAUCAGCAGCGUCGUUUAUCUGAAGUGAGUCAGAGCAGAGAGUCUUUUGACCGUGUAAAUUAAACAUGGAGACGGGCGAGAGCACUGCAUACGGAGCCUCCUUAGCCGGCGGAUCUUUCAACUUUUACAAAUUUAUCAAACAGCCACUAACUAUUUUACGACUUCUCAGCUGGGUGUUUGCCAUUGUGGUUUUUGCCACCAUUACUGCAGAGGGAUAUGUAAAUGCAAAAGACUCAUCACAGGUGGUCUGCAUAUUCAACCAAAACGACGGAGCCUGCAAUUAUGGAGUGGGCAUCGGGCUCAUCGCCUUCUUCGCCAGUACCGCCUUCCUCUUUGCUGAUGCCUAUCUUCCCCUGAUGAGCAGCGCACAGGAGAGGAAGCGUCUUGUGAUGGCUGACCUGGGGUUCUCAGGGAUCUGGACGUUUCUGUGGUUUGUCUGUUUUUGCCUCUUGGCUAAUCAGUGGGUGAAGACCACUGACAGAAAUGGCAUCCCUGUCGAUGCAGCUCAAGCCAUCGUUGUCUUCACCUUUUUCUCGUUCGUGGCAUGGGGCGUGAUUACCUAUUUGGCCCUGAUGAGAUUUCGCCAAGGCGUUAGAGAGCUCGGUCAGGGCUUUGCUGAAUCUGCUCCAGAUCACACCUCCCCUUACCAGGCCUCAACGUUCCCUCAUGAUCCCUCACCAUACCCGGCUACUACUUACCCGGCAGACCUCUACCAGCAGCCCCCCUUCAUGGGUAAGCCCGAGCCAACUGGCAACAGUAACUACCAGCCACCAAGCUACUGACAAGAACAAGGGCUCUUCUCGAGGGAAAGCGAAAAGGGAUGAUUAAAUGGCCUGAUCAUAUGAUGCGCAGCAUGGAAGGAGACUGUAAGGGCAGCCAAUGAGAGCUCUUGUGUAUUGAUGGGCUCAGGCAUUCCUUGAAGUUGACUGGCUCUCCCAGUCACCAUGAAGUUAUUCUUUGUGCUUGCUUUCAGUGAUGCACAGCCUUUCUGUGUUCUGAAAUUGUUUGUAUGUUUGUGUUGCCCAGAGCUGAUUAUCAUUGAUUGCACAAAUGGCACCUAAAUAUAAUGCAAGUCAUAGUGAAACUGCUGAAGACAGAGUAGCCUGUUACUGCGCUCACUCCUAGACUGCUCUGUAAUGUAUUAAUGUUAGCCUUUAUUUCAGCAGUGCCAAAUUCGUACAACUUCAUUUGCACCGUGACCCUGAACAAUAAGGCACAUAGAGUUAAAUAGCCUACUUGCACUUAACUAUGCUUUCCAGUGAAGCAAUACUUAGUCAACUGACCAGGUCAGCCAUAAUUUUUUGGAAUUGACAUUUUGAUGCUCUUCGUGCUGCCAAAAUACAGCCAUAGUCUGCACUGUUAAAAAUGCAGCUCUGUUUUCAUUCAUGUGUGCCAUUGGAGGCUUUUUUUUUGUCCUGUAAUUUGUACAAGACUACUGAUAAUGAUUUUUUGGACAUGAAAUCCACUAUUUUUGAACUGUAAGAGCCUUGAAUCCAGUCUGGUAUAUUUACGCAAAAAAUACUACAUUUAUAGAGCAUGUAAUUUUAUUCAUCCACCCAAUCUAACAACCUGAUCCUCAAGAAGUAUUGCACCACCUGGAAAGCAUUCUCCUUAUACUAAUAACUCACAUUACAGGUCUUAAUCUGGGAGUGUAUUAAUAAAAGCCAAAUCCAUCAUGCCAAAGCUACAAGCUCCAAUCGUUUUCUUUUUCUACAUUUAUUGCAGCAAACAUUCAGCACCAUUCUUUUGACUGUUAACUCUCUAAGAAUUUUUUUUAUUGUUAGACACCUUUUCAAUCUAUUUCAGAUGAUUUUUCCUCUGGUAUUGUAGUGUACACUUUAAGAAACUUAUUAAUAAUUAUUUAACCCUAAUUUCACUUCAGUUGAGCGUGUGCCUAAUGAUUUGCACUACUUGAUUUGAUUUGAUGCAGUUUUUUUUUCUGGGAUGUGGGUAAUUCUUGUAUCACUGGCCAUAUUUUGUUAAUCAGAAUUUCUAUUGUAACUUUAUUUUUAAAACACUGGUUUAAAUUGUUCAUAAUUUUUAAGAGAAUAUGGGUUAUCCUUUGUUUGGAUGUGAAGCACAAACCACCAGUUUAAGAAAAAAAGGAAAUAUACAUUUACCAGGGAACAAAAAAAAAAUAAUAAAGUUUUUAUUGCAACUAA